AGCAUACUUGUAGAAAUUAUAUAGCCCGGCUGGUAAACACCUCGGAUACUUGGUGUCGUGCGUUGGAUCGUGAAGCGCGGGAUUUGUUUUUGAAGAAAAAUGUCUGAGUUGAAGUAUCUGUCAGGCUUCGGCUCCGAGUUCACAUCGGAGGACCCUCGGAGACCGGGCGCGCUGCCGGCGGGGCGAAACACCCCGCAGCGCUGCGCUUACGGCCUCUACGCAGAGCAGCUCUCGGGCUCCGCCUUCACCGCGCCGAGAAACGAGAACAGACGCACCUGGUUUUACAGGAUCCGACCAUCUGUAGUGCACAAACCCUUCAAGCGUCUAGAUGUCGCAAAACAUCUCACCCACAAAUGGGACGAACAGGAGCCUGACCCUAAUCAGUCCCGCUGGCUGCCCUUCGACUUGCCAACCACCCCAGUGGACUUCGUAUCGGGCCUGCACACAGUGUGCGGCGCGGGCGACCCGCGGGCACGCAACGGACUCGCCGUACACGUCUACCUGUGCAACAAAUCUAUGGAGCGCAGCGCCUUCUACAGCAGCGAUGGAGACCUUCUCAUAGUGCCCCAACAAGGCACGCUGCGGAUCACGACAGAGUUCGGCAUUAUGGAGGUGGCCCCCAACGAGAUCGCUGUAGUUCAGCUGGGCAUGAGGUUUGCUGUCGCCGUGGAUGGGCCGUCAAGGGGCUAUAUCCUAGAGGUGUUCGACGGGCACUUCAAGCUGCCAGAUCUGGGUCCAAUCGGAGCCAACGGCCUGGCCAACCCGCGGGACUUCCUCACGCCCGUCGCUAAAUAUCACGACGAGGACAAUAUCGAUUUCACAAUAAUUAGCAAAUAUCAAGGCGCGUUGUUCGCGGCGCAGCAGCGCCACUCGCCGUUCGACGUGGUGGCGUGGCACGGCAACUACGUGCCCUACAAGUACAACCUCGCCAACUUCAUGGUCAUCAACUCCGUGUCCUUCGACCACUGUGACCCUUCAAUAUUUACGGUGCUGACGUGUCCGUCGACGAAGCCCGGGGUAGCCAUUGCAGACUUCGUCAUCUUCCCGCCGCGCUGGUCCGUGCAAGAGGACACUUUCCGGCCACCAUAUUAUCAUAGGAACUGCAUGAGCGAGUUCAUGGGGUUGAUCCUAGGCGCUUACGAGGCCAAGGAAGGCGGGUUCCUGCCGGGCGGCGCCUCUCUUCACUCCAUGAUGACCCCACACGGGCCGGACGCUCAGUGCUUCAACGCUGCCUCGCGAGCGGAGCUCACACCGCAGAAGAUAGCUGUAGGAACUCAGGCGUUCAUGUUCGAGUCGUCACUAAGCCUGGCCAUAACCAAGUGGGGAGCAGAGACGUGUCAGAAACUAGACGCCAAGUAUCACGAGUGCUGGCAGGCGCUCCCUAAACUCUUCUCGGAUAAGAUCAACAUCUAGAAUAAAGUUUCGCACAAUAGUUUAUAAUAAAAUGAGGUAGAGGAUCUAGCUGACGAAAGGCAUCCAUCUUUAUCUUAAGAUAUCUUAUGCUUAAGCACUGAUGGGAUGGUUAUCGCGUGAUAAUGGCAUGACAGACGAAACGACUUUUUCACAACCUGUAUAGAAAUAGACCCGUUAAUUGUUAUAACUUAUUACGUGUACUACAAUGUAAUAAGAUUGUUGUUAGCAAUUUUUUUUUAUGAAACUUACAUAACUGUAAAAAAAUAUAAUGAGAAUAAUUUGGUCGUAUUUUCAAUUAGUAUUUAGAGUCAGACCGUGAAAAGUCUGCAGCGAUUUUGAUAGCCCACGCAGUGCAAGUGUCAUUUUAAACGUCAAACUUCUAUGAAAUCAUGACGUAUUAAUAACACUUACACUGCGUGGGUUAUCAAAUCCGCUGCAGACUUUUCUUGGUGCGACUCUAUAUUAUAAGUUAAAUAAUUGAGAAAAACUGUAGGCAUUUUUUCUUGGUACUGUGCUUCUUGAUCUUACUUGGGUACGUUUUAAUCGAUUUUAAUUGAAAGAGAAACACUGAGAAAUGUCAAUAUCAAAUCAAAUUAAGAUCACAUUUAGUUUGAAUGCCUCUCCUGCACUUAGUGUGUAUAUGUCAUAGGAAUAUAACGGUGUUGUAAAUUAUGUAAAAUAAAAUCCAGUUACAUAUU